CCUCGCGUACGCCGGCACGACAGCCACUGUCCGCAGCAGCCGCGCUCCCCCCUCCCUGGACCAAUUGUUGGAGUCCCCUUCCUCUGGUCCAAACAUACUCAGCGCUGCCAGGCUGGUGGGCAAUGCCUGGGUACGACAGCAGGAACGCGAGUGGUACCGAGGCCAGCUGGCAAAGCGCACGGAGCGUGUGGAUGCGGAGGCGGAGCGGCUGUUCCUCACGGCCAUAGGGCCCCUGGGCAAGAGUGCCGAUCUCUGGAAACGGGUGGAGGGCAAGGUGGAGGGAGUGGCGCUGAGGAACGUGAUGCGGGAGGAGGCGCUGGAACUGCACAGGUUGCGAGUGCAGGAGUGGGGUCCUCGGCCCCUGUCCAGCAGCGCCGCGGCAGCUGUACGGACUACACUGGGCGCUCUCCGGGCAGCAUCCGACACGGCCACAAACACAGCGUCACCAUCGUCACCACGAUUAUCACCAUCACCUGCACCACCAACACCAGCAGCAGGGGCGGCAGGAGCGGCAGGAGCAGCUGCCGGCGGCGGCGGCGGCGGUGUAGGAGGGGGAGGGGGAGGGGGGCGGCGGCGGUGCCAGUCCGCAGUUCCACCACACCAGCGACGUUACAUGGAGACCGACCUGGAGCGCAACCGAAUCCGUAAGGCCCUCGAUAAGCUGGCGGCCAAGUACGCGUCAACGGCAACGGCAACAACGGUAACGGCAACGGCUACCUCUCCACCUGAUCCAUGCUCGGGUCCAUCCUCACCCCCCGCCGGCGGCGGCGGCGGCGGCGGCGGCGGCGGCGGCGGCGGGGCCCAAUCAGACAAGGCCCGAUUAGCGAGUGGCGGUGCCGAGGCGAAUGACGCCGCCGCCGCCGUCGACCCGUCAGCUCCGUCCUCUCCUCUACAGCUGCUUCAAAGCCUCCGAGCCCGUCGGGAGUCCCGGUGGCUGAAUGAGACACAUGCCCUGGCGGCGCGGAUGGCGGCCUUCAUGCAAGUGGAGAGUCCGGUGUCGCCACGGGUAGAGGCGGCGGCGGCGGCGGCGGGGGGCCACACGCCCACCGCCACGUCGGCCCCUUCCUGCCGCCGCACCUCCGCGGGCACCGAUAAACGUACCGGCAGACAAGCCCAAGUUCCCCAGCCCGCCACAGCUACAGCCGUCCGCAGCUCCUCUCCCCGACCUGGCUUUGGCGGCAGCAGCGCCAGCGGCAGCAAUUGGGCCCUGUACGACGCGGUCGGCGGCGGCGGCGGCGGCGGCGGCGGCUUGAGCCGCAUGGUAUCCGGAUCCCAAGCAGUGGCCGCGGGGGCUUCCCGACCCCGUCUGUCUGUAAGUCCGUCUGGCUCCCCGGGGCGGCAACUACAGCAGUUGCGGCAGCAGCAGGAGGAGGAGCAGGAGAUGGCGCAGCUGCCGCCGGACCAGGCCGCACUGGCAACCAAAUUGAUGCAGCUGUACGAGGACGCCUGUCGUACACACCAGCAACACGCGGAGCCAGGAAUGAGAGCAGCUCUGCGAAGAAGCUGUGCUGCCGUACCGGGUGAGCCCCGGUCCCGCUCCCUGGAGCUGGUGGCCCUCACCCUCACGAGCCGGGAGGCGGCAGUAGCACUCGGGGAGGUGCUGAGGCACUGCACGCACGUGACAGCCGUUUCGUUGGAUCGCUGUGCAGUGGGGGUGGAGGCGCUGGAAGUGCUGCUGCCCGCGUUGUGGGCCUUACCUUUGAGGAAGCUGACCUCGAACAACACGGAGUUCCCGCCCGCCACGUGGGGCCUGCUACAGCGCGCCCUGGGUCGACCUACCGUGUGGGUUUCGGAUGCGACGUGGUGGCUCUCCCUCCGCCACCUGUCCCUGGGGGGAAAUGGCCUCGCAGACCAGGGACUGUGCGCUCUUGUGGAGGUGUUGGUGGUGAUGCCCCAGUUGCAGUGCUUGGCUCUGCGGCAGUGCGGUAUGUCUGACCUGUCCGCCCCCCGGCUGGAGAGGCUGUUGGGGGAGGUGAGCAGUCUGCGGGAGCUGGAUCUGGGAUACAACAACUUGGGCGCCAAGUCGGUGGGGGCGCUGGCACGAGGACUGGCAAAGGCCACCCAGCUCAGGCGCCUCAGCCUGCCCUGGAACAGCUUGGGAGGCGGCGUAGCCCAAUUCUGUUGGACGAUUGUACGACUAGGUCCACGUCACUGCCAUCUGGAGCACAUGGACCUGGCGGGGACGGAUCUCGUGGCGGAGGACCUAUUCGCGGUAGCCGCCAUUCUCCGGUCCUGGCCCAAGACCUCUGUACGGCAUAUCAACCUGUCGCACAACAACUUGGUAGGUGUCGCGGGCCAGUGCCUGCUGCGCCACACGAACCGCCUAAUGCCGUGCCCAAGGCAAGAACAGCAACAGCAACGGCAACGGCGGCAAGAAGAGGACAAUGCCGACGACGGCGGCGGCGGCAACGGCGGCAGCACAGCGACGGCGGAGCCGCCGCCGACGCCAUCGCCUGGUGCAACGGCGGCCUCUCCCGCCGCCGGCAUCUCCUUCCGCUCCGCAGCCGACGGCGGCGGCGGCGGCGGCAAGCCCCUGGUUCCCAUCCUCAAAGUGCCCGGUAGCGGCGGCCGAGCCGAUAGCCCCGUCAAGCGACUCACCAUCAACCCCACCCCGUUAGCGGCGCCGGCGGCAGCGGCAGCGGCAGCGGCAGCGGCAGCGGCAGCGGCAGCGGCAGCGGCAGCGGCAGCGGCAGCGCCGUCGCCGACGGGGGUAUCCCUAGGUGCUCGGCCCUCCUCGAUGUCGCUCUUCUCCAACGCCAUCGCGGCGGCGGUGACGGCAGCGGCGACAGAUCGGGCGGCGGCGGAUGCCGUGCGACGCAACCGUGCCGCGGCCGCCGCCACCGCUGAGCCAGACGGCAUAAUGGUCAUCACCACCGGCUGUGUCGUACAGCCCUGUCUGCCACCAGGCGCGAAGCUUCUCGUCCACCCUGACGGCCGACCGCUCGCGCCCACGUACGGCGAUGAUGACGACGACGACGACGAUGCGGGCAGCUCCAGCAAGUACGGCGGCCUGACGGAACGAGAUCGGCAGCGGUUACGGGAGCGGGAGCGGGAACGGGAACGACGACUCGCCGCCGCUGCCGAAGAGCAGCGGCAACGGCAGCCAGUUGGCACCGGCGGCGGCGCCGCCAUCUCCUCCACGCCGCCAACCGCCGCUAACCGCCUCGCCCCUGCUCCCCGCUCCUCUCGCCCAGCAUCAGCCAAAGCGGGGGAUCACCCACCGCCUGCUGCUACAGGCCCAGACGGGGCUCAGGGCCUGAUGGAGGUGGUGGAACCCAGCGGGCCUCACGCACUGCAUCUUGUCCGUCUAGAUCUGUCCCGAGAUUUGCCGGAUCGACAGGUGGCGGCCCUGUUGGUGGAGCAUGAGAUGGAGGCGCGGAGGCACCGCUUCCGGGAGGGUGUGGAGGUGGAGCCCCUGGAUCUCAUGUUCCUGGGCUGGACUCACUGCCUGCCCCGGGAGGGUGUCCUGGAGCUGCAGGUAUCCGCUCUCCCCGCGCAACUGUGCCCUUGGCUGGGUAACAGCCGGCUGCAUUGCAAUGCCGAGCAGAAUAGCUGA